UCAUGGAUUCAGGUUGUGUUAUGAGUGAGUGUGUGUGUGUGUUUGCAGUAACUAGUUACCUUGCUUUUAAGGAUACCCUUUACCUUAAAGAACAGAACAAAUAACCUACUUGCUUGACUCAUCUUUUGUCUUCCUUACUGACACAAUAUUUUGACUCAACCACUGUGUCUAUAUAUAUAUAUAUAUAUAGAUACCCUUUUAUAUAUCCUUUUAUUAUCUCAAUCACUUUUUUCCCACCUUUAUUCUCCAAAUGGCUAAGCUUCUUCUUCUCCUAUUCUUUGCUCUUCUCUUUCAUGGAGGAAUUGGAAUUGUAUCAGUUUUGGGGAAGAGUAACCAAGAUGGAUCAGAGGAAUGGGGCUAUGUAGAAGUAAGACCCAAAGCUCACAUGUUCUGGUGGCUUUACAAGAGUCCUUAUAGAGUGGAAGAUCCAUCAAAACCAUGGCCAAUUAUUCUGUGGUUGCAAGGAGGACCUGGUGCUUCAGGAGUUGGAAUUGGAAACUUUGAAGAGGUUGGUCCAUUGGAUACUGAUUUGAAGCCAAGAAACUCAACAUGGCUCAAAAAAGCAGAUCUAUUGUUUGUGGAUAAUCCAGUUGGAACAGGGUACAGUUUUGUGGAGGAUAAGAGUUUGUUUGUGAAAACAGAUGAUGAAGCAGCCACAGAUUUAACAACAUUGUUAAUUGAGUUAUUUAACAAAAAUGAGAGCCUAAAAAAGAGCCCUCUUUACAUUGUGGCAGAAUCAUAUGGUGGCAAAUUUGCUGUGACGCUUGGAUUAUCCGCCACUAAAGCCAUUCAAGAAAAAAGACUCAACCUCACACUUGGAGGUGUGGCAUUAGGUGAUAGUUGGAUCUCCCCAGAAGAUUUUGUGUUCUCAUGGGGCCCUCUGCUUAAAGACCUUUCACGCCUUGAUGACAAUGGACUACAAAAAUCUAACAGUGUGGCUGAGAAGAUCAAGCAACAACUUGAGGAGGGUAAAUUUGUUGAUGCAACCAACUCAUGGAGUGAACUUGAGUCUAUUAUUAGCCAAAACAGUAACAGCGUGGAUUUUUACAAUUUCCUAGUGGAUGCUGGAAGUGAUUCAGUAGCGUUAUCGUCAGCAAUGGAGUUGGGGUUAUUUAGGGAAUUUUCUAUGAAGAAAUAUUCAAAAUAUCUGACUUCAAUGAGGCUGAGUUCUUCGUCAUCUUCAUCUCCCGGUGGUGGCAAUGAUCUUGACACUUUACUUAAUGGGGUCAUCAAGAAGAAAUUGAAGAUCAUCCCCCAAAACGUUUCGUGGGGAGGACAGUCUGAUGGUGUUUUCACCAAUCUUGAAUCCGAUUUCAUGAAGCCAAGAAUUAAUGAGGUUGACCAACUUCUGGCUAAAGGGGUCAAUGUGACCAUCUACAAUGGACAGGUUGAUCUGAUUUGUGCCACCAAGGGGACCGAAGCUUGGGUUAGGAAACUCAAGUGGGAAGGGCUUCAAAAUUUCUUGUAUAAAGAGAGAACACCACUCUACUGUGGAAGUGACAAAACAACCAAAGGAUUUGUUAAGUCAUACAAAAACCUACACUUCUAUUGGAUCCUUGGAGCUGGCCAUUUUGUGCCCACUGAUCAGCCAUGCGUGGCACUAGACAUGGUGAGUGCAAUUACACAGUCACCAGCAGCAUGAAGUUAACCAUAGAAGAAAAAAGAAAAUAAUUAAAUAAGAGUAUAAUUAUUAUUUGUACAAUAAUAAAGCGUACAAGAAAAAAGAAAGAAAAUGUUGAUGAUGAAGCAAGAAAGGAAGAGCCAAUGCAACAAUCAAACUAGAACAGAACAAAACAGAGCAGAGAAUAGCAAUGACCAGAUGAAUGGAAGAGCUAUAUAUAUAGGGAUGCUAUUUAUUGAUUUUUCAAUUACAAUGUCAUUCUUUCUCUUUUCCUUCAAAGUUUUGGACAUUCAUGUCUUUGUUUUCUGAUUAUGAAUGAUCAAUGAGAAAUAUAA